CACCGCAAACGGGCGCUGGCUGAACGAAAACUUAACGCAAAACGCAUAAAACGAAAGAAAACGGGGCCGGCUUUUUCACUGUUUUAACCGUCCAAUUUAGAGCUAAUUUUCUUGUGCCUCUUCAUUUUCACGGUAAAAAUCAGAUGGUAAACCUGGAAACAAACAACACAUUCCAUACAGUUUCAAUGCAAAACAACAGCUGCAAUCUUGCAUUUUCUCUCUUUGAGACGUUCUUUAUUACCAGAGAUGAAUGCAAAAUGGAUAGGAGUUUCUCUUUUUUCCAUUCAGCUGCCAUCGAGUAUCGACCGUCAAGUAGAACUUGCCUAUUUUUACAAAGUUGUUGAUGAGAAAUGGUACAUGGGCCGAUCUGCUGGGCUGUCAUCCCCAGUCCUAUAGAACGGACGAGAAAACUGGCCGUAAAGAGCAGGUUGACUUCCUCCGCCCAAAAAUCAACACGGUUGACUGCUAUAUAUAAAUGAGCGGAUGGAUAUGCAUAGUCAGUCUUGUCAUCGGCAAAGAGAGCACCAGUUGAGCAAACAGAUCCCACAUUUGUUACAAGGGUCCGUUGAUAUCGUCCGAAUAUCCAGAAAUCAAAAUGAAGUUGGCCAGUUUCUUUAUCAUCUUUUGUUUGGCCAAUUUCAUAGGGCCCUCGUCUUGUUUCUGGAGCAAAUUGAAAGCUAAAUUUGUAAAUAGUGCAAUUGAUAUGAGUUCAAGUAACACAUUCGGUUUGCUGCAUCGAGUGGGUAAAUUCGACGAUUCGUUGACCUUCGAUGACAAACCAGCGGUGGCAGAUUACGAUGCCGAUGCAGCUGAACUGGAAGUGGACGGGACCCAAGAAGAGGAGCGAUUGUUCAACAGGUAUCCAUUGCACGUUUUCAUGAAGAAGAAGCCGUUUGUCCAGUUUUCGACGACGACGACGACAUCCACCGUCACUGCGUUGGUCACCUUGUCGACAGUGGGAUUUUGCGCACAGUUGGUCAAUGUCACGGGUCCCUGUCGCAUGCGCAAAGGUUUGUGGGUCCGAGAGCCCAUCGUCAUGUCGUUCGACGAUGAUAUGGACUCGAUCGACGGCGCUCUAACGCCCAGCAAAACUGUCGGCAUCGAGACAACGGCAAGGCCGGAAGAAAUUGCGGAUGUCAUCCAGGAACGGGAAACUAGCACCACUGUGCCUUUAAACAGCACUAGUCAAAGGAGUUCUGUCCGUUCGGGUCCGCUGAUCCAAUCGUCGAAAGAAGAUGCAGAAUUGAAACAGGAAAGCGACGACGAUGAACAGGUCGAAGAAGGUCGUUUUGGAUAUUUUGGGUUAAAGAAAACAUUCAAGAAAAUCAAAUUCGUUACGGUUGUCACGACAACGGCCGUGACUGCGACAAGCACGUCGACUUACUACGUCACGAUCAGCACCAAGACUUUCUUUAUUCAAAUAUGCACGCCGUCACCUUUCCCUUUCAACGUCUGCAGCGUUGGAACGAAGAAACGUCACAUCGAAUUUGAACCUUAACGAUUCAAUUCUUAAGACAAUCAAAUGGUUGUCUGAUAUUUUAUGUUUUAACAGUCAGCAAGGAUGAAAUCAAUUCAAUUAUUUAUAGUUUAAGUUAUUCCUUUUUUUUUCCUUUCUGAAAUGUCUAUCGUUCCCACCAAAUUAAUGGCUUUGACCGAUUAAACUUGAUCACAUUAUUGACUUGUAACGUGUAUUUUGGGGCUAAUGUUAUUCACAAGCAGUAAAUCAAAAUUGUUUUAAUUUGGAACAUUACAAGGCAUAAUUCAAUUC